GGGGGUGAGGCGACAGACAGACAGACAGACGCACUGACCGAGGGGAGCGCGAGCAGCAGUGGGUGGUGGCGGCGGCGGGAGGAGUUUUUUAAUCAUGGCUCGUGGACAACAGAAGAUACAAUCCCAACAGAAGAAUGCUAAAAAACAGGCUGAGAAGAAAAAGGGAGGGUCUGAUCAGAAAGCAGCUGCAAAAGUAGCUCUUGUCCACACGUGCCCUGUCUGCAAGACACAGAUGCCAGAUCCUAAAACCUUCAAGCAGCAUUUUGAGAGUAAACAUCCCAAAUCUCCUAUGCCUCCUGAGUUGGUAGAUGUCCAGGCGUAAAAAAACAGUAAGGAUUUGGACCUAGAAUUCUAUGGACGUGAUGCACUGAACCUACUACACAAAGCCUGGAGAAGAUGAAGAAACGUUUAACUCUUCAAACUUUUCAUUUUCUACUUACUACUGAACUCUUGAUGUUUGUUCUGGGGAAAGAAGGAGGGGGGAGAUAGCCAAGGGAAAGAGAAAUGGGAGCAAAGGUUAUUUCAGACAUUACAAAGCUGCCGGUACCAGAGGAGGGCUUGGUGAGAAAGUGUCACUGAUUUCAUAGGCAGUUUUUACUGACCACUCAUUGCUUCAAAAACUAUCUGAUUAUUGCAAUACCAUAAUGUUAACAUCCUGUGGUGUAGGCCUGUAGUAAUCUUACAGCGACUCACGUGGACAGUUCAAGACCACUACGGGUCUGUCACUAAGAACAUUUCUCUCUUCACUGAUACGACUUAAGCAUAGUCCGGUUCGCUGUGUUAGGAUAUGUAUCCACUAUAUAGUCUGUGUUCCACCACAUGUUCGCCAUGCAGGAGAUAUUGAGAUAUAUUGGUUAAAUGUAACUUCUAUUGCGGUUGUAAAUUUCAAAGGCAGUAAUUGUGAGCAAUGCACAGAGGAUUCCGAAAAUGCCAAUAUGGUCUUUAUGUCUGGACAAAGAAAAUGAUUUUCUCAGAAUGAUUGCUGGACAAUUCAAAUUUAUGACCACUUCUGUCUUAAAAUUACUAUGUAUGAGGAAUGCUCGAUUACCCGAAAAUAGCAAGAUAUAUGCGAGCUCCAUGAAUUUUCUAUAGUAAAUUAUAUUGUAGCAUCCCUUAUAUUUCAAAUGAAGCAAACACUUGAAGGGGCAUUGACUCUCAAUACAUAAGCAUCAGUAAAUGGGUAAGUGUUUUAUGUUUACUGAUGACUUAAUGCGAUGGAAUCUUCCAGCCAUCUCCUUGCGGCUUCAGAAUGAACCUUUUACUGUAAAAUUGAUUAAUUCUGCUCCUUUCUUCCUGAUAAGUUUUUUUUUCUGACUAUUGGUCUAUAAACUAGGUCUUGCUUGAGUAUCUAGAAGUGUUUAUAUGUUUUUUUUUUGGGGGGAGGAAUGUUUUCGAGUAGAAAAGUAGAGAAAAGCAAAUGUUUCAAUUGGAGUUUCAAUAAAUUCCUGUUUUGGAUUGCAAUAACUGAGUUUCUCACCCUGCUCUACUCUUCCUAGUCCUGUAGUGCUAUUUAGGUUACCAAGUUCUAUAGCAAUCUUGCAUAAUGCAUUCAUAUACAAGCAGUAUUCUGUGAUUUAUCUGGAGCUCAAAUUGUAAUUUCUUUAAUAAAUAUAGAAGCUCACUUUCUUGUAACUGCAAUGGCUCAGAAUCUUUUUAAAUUAUCCCUUCUUAGUGCUGACUUCACAGUAAAAUUACUUGUUAAAUUUCUAAGAAGUUGCUGUAAUGUUUUCAUCAAAACAUUUUCUCUUUGGCUGUUGGUAAAGCCACUGCUUAGUGUCGAACCAAGCCAUGUUGACUUGGAAGGGCACAUAUUUGUUCCAAAUGCUGUGCCCUUGACUAAGAAAGGGGGAAAAAAAAUCAACUUGUGUUCCUAUUUCGCAUUCCAUUAAUGGGUUUGUUCUCGUUGAUGGGGACAGGAUCAAACCUAGCUCCAGCUCAUAUCUCACAUAUCCUAACUGUCACAGCUCCUCAGAUAACCAAUAGUUGUGUGUGAGACACUAAAAGAUGACUGAAGUCUGGGAUCAUUGCACAACAUGACAUUGAGAAGAGUUGGGGUGGGGGGGAAGAGGAAUAAAUAGUUAUAUUUCUGGAGCGGAUUGGUAUCUAGUCCAUGUAUUAUUUGGUGUUGCAUACUUAAAACAUUGAACACGAUUUCAGCUAAGACCUUACAUUAAAUGCUUUGUAGAAAUGUAAGUUAUUUGGCCUAUUGUGCCUGUGCCAUCAUGUUAGCAAUAUUGGAGCUACCUUAUUCCCUUGAAUACAACGUGCUGGUGAAAAUAGGAUUCAAAUAGGAAUUGUCUAAAAUGACAUUUUUGACGAAAGUUAAAAACAGUUAAAAAUGCAAUCUGUGUAAUCAUUAGUCAAGUUUAUCCGUUAAAGUACUCCGUUUUAGAGGCAUUUCUGGAAGUGGAUGCUCAUAUUGUCAAUUAUUAAGGAGGAGGGACAUUUUGGGAACAGUAAUUUGAACCAAAAAUACUCCUUCCUUCUCCUUUAAGAAUGUCUGUCUUUUAUUGUAACCUGUUUAAAAUAUUAUCGGUCAGGAAUAAAUAAUUGCACAGUGGUAGAGUGAUACGGUUAAUAUAUUUGCUAGAUAUAAUUUAAAUCAUUUCACUUUCAUUACUUAUCAUGUCAUGCCAUAUAAAUAUUACAUGAAUGUGGGUUCAAUUCCCUGUGGCAUCAAAAGUUGGAACAAAUGAAAAGCGAUUUCACCGAAAAUAUCCAUAAGAUUGGGGAAACUAUAUUUUGAAUAGAUAAACCUGAUUUGUUUAUUUUUCACACUAGUCAAAUUUCAGUUACAUUUUCAGAUUCAUUAGCAACAAAAUUGGUACUGACAAAUGCAUUUAAUUUUUUUCCUUUUCAGUAGCAUGCCCAAGUGGCCUUUAUUAAAUGGUUGCUAGUUUAUUGGAUUGUCACAGAUGAGCCUGGCAUUUAUCCUUGCCCAGCACAAUACCACAUUGUUUAGUGCACAUAUCUACUGAGACAUAUGGGGAGGGAGGGAGACAAGAGAGCUAACCAUUGGACCAUAAAUCAUUAUGAUCCCGUUUCAAUUUAUGUUUCAAUUUAUGUAAUAUUAAUGUGUUAUGUAGCUUGUAAAGCUCCAAUGAUACUUCAUAAGCAGCACCUAUAAUAUACUGCUUGUUCUCGGAACAUUAAUAAUGUAAAGAUGAGAAACAAUUGUUUUUGUAAAAUUCUGUUUUUUUUUCCCCAUAUACAAAAACUGAACAAUUAUAUUUCCUAUGGAUAAUGCGGAGGGGAGGGGAAGCAUCUGUUCUCUUAGUAGAUGACUACUGUGAGGUUGCAGGAGCUGUGCAAAGCAAAGCGGUUCAUAUUUUCACUUGUGUAUUUUCUUUUCGUCAGGUAUAUGUCAAUGUGUGAGAUUGGAAAUUUAAGUUAAUAAACAUAGAAUGAAGUAUGCAAUUAA